CCCUUUAAAUAAAGGCAGUUAAAAUUAGUUAAAUCUUUUGAAUCCCAAUUAAAUGAUGUUGUAGGGGCUGAUUUAAAAGAAGUGAGUGUGUGGAACAAAAUAAUGUUUCAUUUUGAAUGAAAGAAAACCUGAAAGUUUGAAUUAUUCUUCACCAGCGUUAUGUUCAGACGCACACAAGUUGAAGGAACAGACUAGAAUGUUGUGAUAUGUGAUGUUUUGUGUCCCCCCCCCUCACACACAUGCACACACCCCCCCCACAGAAAGGCCUGCUGCUGCUCUCCAUGCUGCUGCUGUCCCAGCUGGCCUGCGACGCUCAGAGUGUGUCGGAGUGCUGCAGCCAGCCGUCCCGCUCCUGCCGCCUCUACGUGCUGCUGUGCCGCUCCGGCGCCGCCGGCGCCCUGGCGGGGGACGCCUCGGUGGGGAUCCUCACCCUGGGAAGGCGGUCGGAGGACGAGCUGCGGCUGCAGGGCCGGCUCCACCAGCUGCUCCACGGCUCCAGGAACCAGGCGGCCGGGAUCCUCACCAUGGGGAAGAGGACCGGCCGGGGGGCCGGGCAGCAGCCGGUGGACUGAACGGCUCAGCUCGGGAGUGCGGCCAUGACACCUUGACCCGACUGGAGGCCUGAAGCAGACCAGGACUUUUACAAUGCGGCCUGAUGAAUCAUCCAAGAGUGCUAUCGCACCAAAUGUGUCUUUUUCCAUUGUGUACUUUACAGAAAUGUUUAAUAUUGUACAUAUGUUAACUAAGGUGCUUUCAGAUGUAAUA